CGAGCCGAAACGAACCAAAUAGGUAGGAAGAGGAAGAAAAAAAAAGAACGAACAAACAGAAAAAACAAUUUCACCAAUCUCGAUGGUGUCUCCGCUUCGUCAAGUUAUACAGGCAUUUAUCAGUCGUAGACGGCGUAAGAAAAUGGCGAGCGGUGGUGGUACCAGUAGCAAGGAGAAGAAAGGUUUCUCCGUAAACCCUAAAGAUUACAAGCUUAUGGAAGAAGUUGGAAAUGGUGCUAGUGCUGUCGUCCAUCUUGCAAUUUAUCUUCCUACCAAAGAAGUCAUCGCCAUCAAGUGUUUGAAUCUCGAUCGCUGCAACAGCAAUCUGGAUGAUAUAAGGAGGGAGGCUCAGACCAUGAGUUUGAUAGACCAUCCAAACGUGAUAAAGUCGUAUUGUUCUUUUGCGGUUGAUCAUAAGCUAUGGGUCGUCAUGCCUUUCAUGGCUCAGGGUUCGUGCUUUCACCUUAUGAAGGCAGCAUAUCCUGAUGGAUUUGUAGAGCCUGCUAUAUGCUGUAUCCUUAAAGAAACGCUUAAAGCUCUUGAUUAUCUUCAUAGACACGGCCAUAUCCAUCGAGAUGUUAAGUCUGGGAACAUACUACUUGAUGAUACUGGAGAGAUUAAGCUAGGCGAUUUUGGUGUCUCUGCAUGCCUUUUUGAAAACGGCGAUUGGCAACGUUCAAGAAACACAUUUGUUGGUACUCCAUGCUGGAUGGCACCGGAAAUCAUGCAGCCAGGAAGUGGAUACGAUUCCAAGUAA